UCCAACUGCGUGAACAGGUGCUGGGUCUCCUGGACCAGUUUAUUCGUCUGGUGGUACAGCGUCUCCAUGGCUCAACCGACACUUCCAGCGAAAUAAUUAGCACGUGCUACUCUUCCCCAGGAAAUCCUGUCAGGAGGCACGUUGACAUCGUCUUCGCGGGUGACAGCUUGGAGUUACGUGCGCUCCAGUGACGUGUGUGUUUACUUCUGCCCUCUCGCCCCUCCCCGUCGCCCCAGGCACUGACUUAAAGACCAUCUGACGCCUCGAAAUCCACAUCCACUCGCUCCAAAAGGAGAAAGUCUUGUUUUCCAGUGAAAAAAGUAGUGUGAAUGAGUGUUUAAUGCAGAUGUAACAUGGAUAUUGGGGAAUUAUUGUCGUACAAGCCCCCGAGCACGCCGAAGCGUCCAUCAGCUGGUGAUGACGACGACGAGGACGACUGGGACGCCAAGAAGAUUAAGGUCAUCAAGACCCCUUACCACCCCCGCCAGAGGUACCCCAGUCGUGAUGUGGAGACUACCCCUCAACGACGCCCAGUGGAGCCCUCUCUGGAGGCCAGAGCCCCGGCUCCAGCGCAGAGCAAUGAGAUCCUCGAGCCAGAGCUGACGGACAGGGAGAAGGAGGAGAUCCUGAGGUACGUGGAGAACGAGGCGCCCGAGGUCGAGGCUCUCGACGAAGCUACCUUGAAGAGGAUGGUCCUGCUGUUCGAGAAGAGGGCUCUCAGGAACCAGGAGAUGAGGGUCAAAUUCCCGGAUCAACCGGAGAAGUUCAUGGAGUCAGAGGUGGAGCUCCACGAGACCCUCCAGGAGCUCCACGUAGUCGCCACGAGCCCCGAAUUGUACCCUCUGAUGGUGGAGCUUGGGGCGAUUCCUUCAUUACUCGAGUUGCUGUCCCACGAGAACACAGACAUUGCUGUUGGAGUCGUUGAUCUCAUCCAGGAAUUGUCAGACGUGGAUAUUCUACAUGAGAGUCAGGAGGGUGCUGACGCCCUGAUAGAUGCUCUCCUCGAGCAACAGGUGUGUGCAUUACUGGUGCAGAAUCUGGACAGACUUGAUGAGUCGGUGAAGGAGGAGAGUGAUGGGGUUUUCAACACUUUAGCCAUUUUCGAGAAUUUAUUGGAGUUCAGGCCUGAGUUGUGUGUCGACGCUGGCAAGCAGGGGCUCCUGCAGUGGCUGUUGAGGAGGAUCAAAGCUAAAAUGCCUUUUGACGCUAACAAACUUUAUGCCAGUGAGUUAUUGUCGAUUCUGCUUCAAAACACACCGGAGAAUAAAUUGGUUCUGGGGGAUCUGGAUGGCAUUGAUGUUCUGCUGCAACAAUUGGCUUACUACAAGAGGCACGACCCCCAGACAGCAGAAGAGCAAGAGAUGAUGGAGAACCUCUUCAACGUCCUCUGCUCGAGUCUGAUGGCGACAGUGAAUCGAGAGCGUUUCCUGCGCGGUGAGGGUCUCCAGCUGAUGAACCUGAUGCUGCGCGAGAAGAAGAUGUCGAGAAACGGCUCCCUCAAGGUCCUGGACCACGCGAUGAACGGUCCAGAGGGCAAGGACAACUGCAUGAAGUUCGUGGACAUCCUGGGGCUCCGCACCAUCUUCCCCCUCUUCAUGAAGACCCCAACGAAGAACAGGAAGAAGGUGUUCACAGCUGAGGAGCAUGAGGAGCACGUCGUCUCGAUAAUAGCGAGCAUGCUGAGGAACUGCAAGGGCCAGCAGCGCCAGAGGCUCCUCAGCAAGUUCACGGAGAACGAUUACGAGAAAAUGGACAGACUAAUGGAGCUGCACUUCAAGUAUCUGGAGAAGGUGGAGGAGGUGGAGAGCAACGCCAAGGAGGAGGAGGACAGCGAGGAGUCGUAUCUCAAGAGGCUCGAGGGGGGUCUGUUUACGCUGCAAUUAGUCGAUUAUGUCCUGCUGGAGGCCUGCGCUGGCUGUCCUCCGGCUGUCAAGCAGAGGGUCACCAGGAUAUUGUCUCAGAGGAGGGCGUCCUUGAAGACUAUCCGACAUAUUAUGAGAGAAUACGCUGGAAAUUUGGGAGACGCUGGAGACACUGAGUGGCGAGAGGCUGAGCAGCAGCACAUUCUCCAGCUCAUCGACAAGUUUUAAUCAAUGGUCUCAUCGAUAAAUUAAUUGUCCCAAUUUUUAUACCAAUAACUAAUAAACUUAAUGAAACAAUUAA